AUGAAGUACUCAUCGGUGUUGUUCAUGGUUGUGUUGGCUUGUACUAACGUGUUAGCAGAUGAUGCACAGAUAUACUGCGGUCGCCGGCUCUCCAAUGUUCUGGCGACUCUGUGCUGGGACGUUGAGAUGGUGAAGCGGGAUGCUGGCGGGUGGAUGAUGAAACAGAAUGUUCGAGCGCUUGGUAGUGUUCGCGGUAAACGUGGCCCUGUCGACGAGUGCUGCUAUAAGCCCUGCACAAUCGAUGAACUGCUCACGUAUUGCUAA